AUGUACAGGCAAGUACUCAUGAAUAACAAUGAUUGCAAAUACCAAUACAUUCUCUUGAGAGCUUCUCCUGACUUAGAUCUCCAGACAUAUCAGCUUAACACGGUCACUUACGGCACUGCUUCAGCACCAUACCUCGCAGUACGUAGUCUUCAUUAUUUGGCAGAUCAAAGCAUGGAUGAGCUUCCGAUUGGCGCUUUAGCAGUAAAGAACUCAUUUUACGUUCAUGACUUUAUAUGUGGUGCAGAUGAUGUUGACGCUUUGCAUAUACUCAAAUCCGAAGUCAUCGAAGUACUUCGACGCGGACAAUUUCCAUUAUCAAAAUGGCACUCAAACCACCCCGAGUUCAUGGAAAAUCAAUCAGUAAAGAACCUCAACAUUUGUGAUGAAUUUGUAACCAAAAAAGAACACAAUAUGACUACAAAGAGGAUAAUAUUGUCGAUCGCCUCAUCCCUCUUUGAUCCACUUGCUUUGUUAUCACCACUGCUAAUAACAACCAAAAUUAUCUUGCAAGAACUUUGGCUAUUAAAGCUCGAUUGGGAUGAGUCCAACUCGCAUGGUCAAGUCGACGUACAUUUACUAACAUCAAAGUCCAGAGUCGCACCAGUAAAGAAGCAGUCCCUUCCCAAACUUGAACUUUGCGGUGCUCAUCUUCUCGCUUGUCUCUAUGCUAAAAUAAAAGACAUAUUCGCGACCGGAUCAGUUACCACUUACUUUUGGACCGACUCACAACUAGUCUUGCAUUGGCUUCUACAACACUCGAUUACGCUAUCAACAUUUGUCGGAAAUAGAGUAUCGGAGAUACAAGCGCUUACAGAAGGUGCGCAUUGGAAGCAUGUGCCAACGAGAGACAACCCAGCGGACCUGGUCUCCCGGGGUUGUUCCACGCAAGACCUGAUUUCGUCCAAUUGGUUUACCGGUCCAGCCUUUCUGCUACAAGAGGAGAAGAAAUGGCCAAAGAGCAAGGCUCCAACUGAUCUUAACAAUGACGUAAUCAAUGCUGAGGAACGCAAAACGGCCUUAACAAUCAUCAAGGACACAAACUAUGUUCUCGAUAUCACAAAUAGGAGCAGUUCAUAUACCCAGUGCUUACGUUUCGUUGCAUGGUUAUUUCGUUUCUGCUGCUGGUGCAGAAAGAAAUCCACACCCAUUACUGUUUUCUCGCCCGACGAACUGCGACGCGCACUACAUUGUGUUAUUUGGAAUAUACAGCAACAGCACUUUUCUCUCGAUUUUCAAUUACUCAAAAAAAAUGGAUCAGUAAAAAGCAAUUUCAAGCACCUAACUCCAUUCAUAUAUAAGACUACCGGAUUCGAACUCAUCAAAGUUGGAGGUCGCUUAGACUACGCAGAUUUGCCAGACGCUCAAAAACACCCCAUUUUACUGCCUAGCACUUCGCAAUUUGUGCUCAAUUACGUUCGAUAUCUACAUAGACGGAAUUAUCACGCUGGUCCUAAAGCAUUGGUUGCCCUGAUCCGACUGGAAUAUUGGAUUGUCAACGCCAGAGAUUUGACACGUCGUGUUGUUCAGUCUUGCGUACAUUGCGUACGAUAUAAACCAGUCCUGGCUCAACAAGUCAUGGGACCACUUCCGGCCACCCGUAUCACUCCCGCUCGCCCAUUUGAGCGCUGUGGAGUAGACUUCUGCGGACCGAUAAAUACCUACUUGCGGAUUCGAGGUAGAGCUCCCACAAAAUCCUACUUGGCUGUGUUUGUUUGCCUCGUCACCAAGGCAGUACAUAUUGAGGUUGUAUCCGAUCUCUCAACGCAUUCAUUCUUAAAUGCUCUAAAGGCUCCUCACUUUGGCGGCCUCUGGGAAGCUGCAGUCAAAAGCGCAAAAGGACUAUUGAAUCGAACAUUAGCGAAUACAAGAUUGACAUUCGAAGAGCUUAGUACUGUUGCCGUCGAAGUGGAAGCUAUCCUCAACUCGCGACCACUUAGCCCCAUGUCAUCAGAUCCGAAUGACAUCGAUGCACUCACUCCCGCACACUUUUUGGUUGGCUCUUCUCUACGCGCUUUACCCGAACAAUCAUUCGAAAACAGAAAUAUGUCAAACACAGAUCGGUACGAUAUGAUCACUGCCAUCCAACAACGCAUUUGGCGCCGAUGGCAGGCAGAGUACGUUAACGAACUACGCUCACGUGUUAAGUGGACAACUCCUGCAAUUGAUAUCAAAGAAGGGACACUUGUCAUAAUACACGACGAUAAUUUGCCACCACAACGUUGGAAGUUUGGCCGUGUAGAGUCCACCGUACCCGGACGAGAUGGCCAUGUGCGAGUUAUGCACCUCCGCACAGCCAAUGGUACUUGCUGCCGCCCUAUUCAUAAGAUUGCCGUCCUGCCAGUAUCUUGA